AUGUUGAUGACGGGAGUCAUGGGCGACCAGAUCCUAACGACGACUGGUUAUGUCGACUGUGGAAGCUUGCCUUCCAUCACGAUUAGCGAACUGAGCAUGACCUACGACAACAACGCCCAAACCAUCACAUUCGACAUUGAGGGCACUAGCACGAACAGCCAGAAUGUUACGGCAACUCUCGAUGUCACAGCCUAUGGCAUCAGCGCAUUUACAAACACAUUCAACCCCUGUGACCCAAAGACCUUGGUGGAACAGCUGUGCCCUUUGCCCAAUGGCAAAUUCGUCGCUCGUGGAACUCAACAGGUUCCAGCUCAAUAUGCGUCAAUGAUCCCGGGAAUCGCUUUCAGUGUUCCAGACAUUUCUGCAGAGGCAGUUAUGAAGCUCAACAGCCUCGAUGAUAACAGCAUGGUGGCUUGUAUUCAGGCUCAGGUUACCAACGGCAAGACUAUGAGCGUGCCUGCUGUCUCAUAUGUAGCCGUGGGCAUUGCUGGCGUCUCCUUAGUCGCCACUGGCAUGUCUGCAGUCGGUGGUGCCAUGUCUGGAAGCAGUGCUGCCGGAGUUGCAGUCGCUGGCCCCAGCUUUACGGAUGUGGCUGGCUGGUUCCAAGGCAUGGCCAUGAGCGGUAUGCUCUCGGUCAACUACCCACCCAUCUACCGCAGCUUCGCAAAGAACUUUGCAUUCUCCGUUGGCCUUAUCCCAUGGAAUGGCCUGUUGAACUCCAUUGACGACUUUCGAGCCAAGACUGGUGGCAAUCUGACUGAAGACAGCGUUGCCUACCUACGGAAUCUUACCAGGCAACUCGAACAAGAUGACACGGGCAACUCGACUGAGCUCAGCCUUUCAAGGCUCGUUCGUCGAGACGAUGGCACAGAGGGUAUUUCGGGCCAACUCACCCAGACAAUCUCGGGCAUCAAAAACUUUGCCGAAUCAGUGAGCGUUCCCAAGUCGGAUGUCUUCAUGACGGCGCUUCUCAUUGUUGCCAUUGUCAUUGCCUCUGUUGUUACAGGCAUUUUGCUUGUCAAGGUUAUUCUCGAAGUCUGGUCUCUAUAUGGAAAGUUCCCGGAGUCUCUUACUGGCUUCCGCAAGCACUACUGGAGAUCCAUUGCCCGAACAAUCACGACUCUCAUCCUGCUCCUUUACGGAAUCUGGGUGUUGUACUGCGUGUUCCAAUUCACGCUUGGUGACUCGUGGGCGGCCAAACUGCUUGCUGGUCUCUCCCUUGGCAUCUUCACUGGUGUUCUCAUGUACUUUGGUUUCAAAAUCUGGAUGACAGCGCACAGGCUCAAGUCCCAGCAUGGUGACGCCGCCAAAUUGUAUGAGGAUAAGCAGAAUUGGCUCAAGUACUCCAUGUUCUACGAAGCCUACAAAAAGUCCUAUUGGUGGCUGUUUAUUCCCGUCAUUCUCUAUACAUUUGUCAAAGGCUGCGUUGUGGCGGCAGGCGAUGGCAAUGGUAUGGCUCAGACCGCUGUCAGCUUUGUUGUCGAGCUGGCUAUGCUGGCACUCUUGGUUUUCACCCGUCCUUUUGAGCGCCGCUCCAGCAACAUCAUCAACAUUUUCAUUGCCAUUGUUCGUGUGCUGUCCGUCAUUUGCGUUUUUGUGUUUGUCGAGGAGUUCAAUGUUCAGCAGACGACCCAGACUGUUAUGGGCGUCGUCAUGAUUGCUAUACAGUCCACGUUGACAGUUGCGCUUGCACUCCUUGUCGGAUGGAACGCUAUCAACGCGGCCAUCAAGAUGAACCCUCACCGCAAGCGUAGAAAGGAGCUGGAGAAACUCCGUGGAGACCAGGAUGAUCUGACGCCCCUUGAUGCUCGCAACACGAUGAUGAUCAAAUCAAAGGCAGAUCUUGAGGCAUCCUACCCCUCCGAACAUGAUCACGAGGAGAACCUUCCCCCUUACUCAAAGGCGGGAGAUCGUUAUUACGCCCCUAGCAUACCAGAGGGGACAUACCACCCGGCUCUGUCUUCGGGACCUUCGCCAAACGCCAUGUCUCGCGACCUGACUGGCUCCCGACAGCCCGGAGACGCCUCUCCCAACUACUCGCAAGGCUUCGCUUCUGAUGAUGGCCAUGCGCACUACAGGGGCAACAGCUCUGAUGGACGAGAUGGAGUGUCCCCCUAUGACUUUGUAGGCCACCAGAAAUACUCUGGAUACUAG